AUAAAUAUUUCUAUAAGACAGCUACAUAUGUACCUAUUGAACAGAGAAUUCGAACACCUCACCAUUGUUUCCCUUCCGACUUUGAAUCACUGCCAAAAACACAAAGUACACACCCCAGCUUUUUCGCUCCUCGGAAACAUCCCCAAACAAAUUGAAACAGCAGAUAUGACCCUAACCAACAGCGCUCUCCACUACACGAGCCUCUUCCUCGGCACCGUUACUAUCGGCUUCGGCUUACAUUACACACUCUUCCCCCGCUCCGCCUUCAAUAACUUCGGCUUCGCGCCCCCUUCAUCAUCAGUCAAGCCCUCCGACCUUGAGCUCCUCGACAGCAUCCUGAUUCUGUUCGGCGCCAAAGACCUCUUCGUCGGCGUGAGCAUUUGGGCCGCUGCAUUGUCGGGGAACAAAAGGUUGACGGGUGUCAAUAUACUCGCGUUGGGCCUUUGCGCAGCUCUUGAUGGGUGGAUUGUCAAGAGAUCUGAGGGUGUGGUUGCUGGAGCAGAGUGGGGUCAUUGGGGGUAUGGAAGCGUCGCGUUGGUUCUUGGGGCCGUGAUGCUGUCCUAG